AUGUCAGCUGUCAGCCAGACUUGUUCCCGAUGCAACGGUCAGGGCCACCGAGCGGCCCAGUGCACGAAGAUGCCGUUCUACCGCACCUGUGAGUAUUGCAAGGCGGUCGGGCAUGCAGCAAAGGCCUGCCCCAUUUUGCAGCGCAAGGCUGCGGAGAAGGCUGAAAAGGAGAAGGCAGCACGGAUGCAGUCCAGUGACGCGUGGAGCGAGUCCGGAAGCACCACGGCUUCAUCCUGGGAUUCUUGGACAUCCGACAAGGGGUGGUGGAAGCCCCGUAGCUCCAAGAAGACCAAAGGCAAGUGGGCGUGGUCGGAAUGGCAGCCGCAGCACUGGGUACUGAGCGAGGGCGAGGAGCGGGAGGCCCGAAAGCUGGAGAAGAAGCUUCGGGAGAUCGCCGCCCUUGAGCAGCUGGUGGAUCAGGGCAGGAUGCUGGAUGUGCUCCAGCUCGAGAAGGUGGAUCGCAAGAGCGAGAUCGAGAGCCACGAGGUUGCCUACGCCACCUGCAGCAUGUUCAGCGCCGACUCGUUCUACCGCACCUGUGAGUAUUGCAAGGUGGUCGGGCAUGCAGCAAAGGCCUGCCCCAUUUUGCUGCGCAAGGCUGCGGAGAAGGCUGAAAAGGAGAAGGCAGCACGGAUGCAGUCCAGUGACGCGUGGAGCGAGUCCGGAAGCACCACGGCUUCAUCCUGGGAUUCUUGGACAUCCGACAAGGGGUGGUGGAAGCCCCGUAGCUCCAAGAAGACCAAAGGCAAGUGGGCGUGGUCGGAAUGGCAGCCGCAGCACUGGGUACUGAGCGAGGGCGAGGGCUCCUGGGGCGACAGGGGCUUCAGCGACUUUCUGGGACAAGGCAACGCCGGACACGCCUGCCGAGCCCGAAAGCUGGAGAAGAAGCUUCGGGAGAUCGCCGCCCUUGAGCAGCUGGUGGAUCAGGGCAGGAUGCUGGAUGUGCUCCAGCUCGAGAAGGUGGAUCGCAAGAGCGAGAUCGAGAGCCACGAGGUCCUGCGCAAGGUGCGCUUAGGAUACAGCCGUGUCGCUCUAUCGGCAGUUGCCGAGUAG